AUGAAUACUCAGAAAGAAGUGAAAAAUCGGAAUUCAGGAAAAUAUGACCAUACCAAAAAAGGAAGCAAAAAUAACAAUCAGCUAGGUUAUUCCAAAAAUCAAACAAAUAAGGAUGAUAGGGCAAAUAUAUUUAAGAAGAAAAGUGUUAAUACAAGUGGUUGUUCUUUUGAUAGAACAAAUGAAAAUCAUAAAAUCAGAACAAAUCCAAGUGUGUUAAAAAAAAGCACUCCGUUUCUUAAAGUUAAUUGUGAUAUGGUUGACGAAACAAAGAGGAAAAGCAAUGAAGGAGUGUACUAUAGAAGUAGAGGUACUGCCGAAUGCAGGGUAGGUGCAAAUAAUACUGAAAAUACAUGUUAUAACAAUAGGAACAAUAACAAAAAUAAUCAUAACUUAAAGAAUGGUAUGAAAUGUGGAGAUAGUUACAAAAGUAGUGCUGCUGGCUGGGAUUCCACGAAUAUUGCCAUAGGAUCAAAAAUGCAAAGCACUAUGAAAGGUAUAAGUAACGACAAAAAGGACCAUAGCGAAUGCUUCAGCAAAGAAUUUGGAGAAACGAAAUAUUCAGAGAUUUUUCAAAAAGUGUUAACGAAAAAUGGUGUAAAAAAAAAACACCACAGUAAUUUAUUAUUAAAUAGAAAUUGUAAUGAUUAUGACAAACGGAACUCAGAUCAGAAUGUCAAAAAAUUGUCCCAAAACAAAAUCGAAAGGGAAAAAACUGAUUCGAGCCUAUCAAAUGUUGACAAGGUAAAUGGCAACAACAAUAAUAUCAAUAAAGACCUCUUUGCUAGUGGCGAAAAGUGUUCAUCAGCAAAAAAUGGAAAUGAUGAUGGAGACAAUAAUGGCAAUAUUGGUAGUAGUGACAAUGUCGACGCUAACAAAAAUGUUGAAAACAGUUAUAAUAGCACAAAUUAUCAUAAACCAGUUUGCACUUCGAAGGAUCAACCAAAUUUCAAUAAUUUCAAAUGGUGUAAUAGUAAUGACGAUAAAGGUAUUCAAGAGUCCCAUGGCUCAAAAAAGGAAAAUGAUCAUAUCAUCAAAAAUAAUAAUUAUAAUAAUAAUAAUAGUGAUAGUUUUAAGAAGGAAAAUACGCUAGCCGAAUUUGAAAGAAAACCGAAUGAACAGAAUAAUAAUUGCAGUAUUAAGUAUAAUCAUAAUAAGAAUAAAUGUUUAACAAGUGAUAAUUUAGAUGUAAUAAAUCGAGAAGGAGGAAACAAUCUUCAAAUUGUUAAGGAGAAUUUUGAGAUUAUAGAAAAAAUAGAUCUGAAGGAGAUUGAGUUGAGCGAAAAGGAUGAGAAUAAUGAUCUUAUAAAUUUUAGUGCCAACAGAACUGCUAGCGAGAGAAGUAAUAAAACAUACUCUUUUAAACGAAAUGAGCAUCAAAAAGAUAAAGAUAAAAAUAAUGAGGCGACAAGCAACAGUAAUCAAAUGAAUCACAAAAAUGGAAAUUAUAAAAAGAAUUCGCCAUUUAAUAAUAACAGCAAAGAUAUAUCCUUUAAUAAGGAGUUCAGGAGGAAUAACACGAAUGUUGGCACCUUCAUUAGAAAGAACGACAAUUACAGAGGUUUUGGCAAUAAUAAGAAAGACGAAUACUGGAAGAGCCUUGGAGAAAAAAAUGAAGAUUACGCUGCCAGUGGAGAGAAUGUUAAGUGUUGUGAGAAUAACAGAAAUGGUGAAAACUGCAAAAAUUGUAAAAAUUACAGGCUUAAGCAGAAUUAUCGAAUUGGAGUGAAUUACGGAUAUGAGGGAAAUUCACCAAACAGAAGCAACAACAAUCGCAUCAAAAACAAAGAUAUAUAUAGGAAUAACGAAAAAACAUUCAAAAAUGGAUGCAUGCAUACGAAUAGAAAUAUAAUUUAUAGCAACUAUAAGGAUGUUGAUAGUCAUGCUGAAACUAGUAAGUUUGAGAAAACAAAUGAUAAUUUCCAAAAUGGAAACAGUUAUAAAAUUAGCAGCUACAAAAACUAUUAUCGUAACCGUAAUAAUGAUGAGUGUGCGAUAAAUUCUAGCAGGCAUGAUGAGAAAAAGAAUAACAACAACCAUAGUAUGCACUGGAAUAGCCAGAAUGAACAAUAUGAAAAUUAUGAAAGGUAUGAGCAAAAUGGAAAAAAAGAAGAUUUUAAUUUUAGAAGAAAUAAUUUUAAUAAUAAAAAUGAAUUAACAAGUGCUAAUCAAAAAGAGCCACGAUUUCGGACGAUAGAAAAAUAUACAAAGAAGUACAAUGACGAUAAUUAUUUUGUAAGAAAUGAAAACAUGAAUCCCAGUAAUGGCAAUAGCAAUAGUAAUAAAAAAAAAAUUAAUUCAUAUACUAAUCAUAUUAUUACGAAUAGUAAUUAUGACAAAAAAGGAAUUGUUAAUAGUAGUAAAAUUAUCAUGGAUGAAAAUCUUUACGAUGAUGAAAAUGGUUCAAAUGCCUCAUUAGCAGAAGAAGGUACGUGCGAAAAUAGAACCCAUUUGGAAAGUAAUCAGGUAAUAAAUAUUUCCAGCACUAUUUUACCAUCUGGGUCUAAUCAUAACUCAAAUGAAAAUAUGCAUAAUAACAUGCAUCGUAAUAGCAUAGAAAAUAGCAAUAUCAGGAACAAUAGUGUACAGCAUAGUAGUAAUGAGCAUGUUAAUAAAACUUAUGCUAAAAACAAACACGCUCACAAUAAUAAUGAUAUCCAAAAAUAUAUUAAUCCUUCUAAUAGUAAUUCUGAAGAAGUAAAAAUUGAAAAUAAGGCUACACAUAAUAUUAAAGCAGAUACUAACGAUAGAGACAAAUGCAACAUUAAUAACAGUAGCGAAAAAGUCAUAAUAAAAGAGGGAGGGUUUAAAAAAUGCAAGAAUGAGGAUAACUCAUUGCUACAACAAAAAGGAAGUGUUGCAUAUAUAAAGAAGAAUGAAGAUCGUGUGAGAAAUUGUAAGAAAUUUUCGAUGAACCCUGAAUAUGGCAAACAUAAUACUGAACACUUAAUCACGGAAGGGUAUGAUUGUAUCGAUGCAAAAGAUGAUGAACAGAGCGAUGAUAUCAAACUGCAGUGGGAGAAAGCUAAAAACAAAAAUAGUUCCAGCAAAAGUAAUUAUUUGAAUUGUCCUGAAAAUAAAAAGAAGUAUUUGAGUGUAAGAACAGACCAGAUGAGUAACGCAGACGAAACAUCCAACCCAUUUAAUUUUAAAGAGCUAGAAUUUUGGAUGAGUAGAAGAUAUAAUAUGUUAUUAGAAUCUUAUAUUGACCAGGAAAACAGGAAAGAAAACAACAAUGAAAUAUUUGAAGAGGAAAUAAAAAUCUAUAAGUUGAAUCCAUUUGAUAUCAACAACACUGUGGAAAAAGACAGUAAUGAAAAUAUCAUAGAAAUGACUGAAACAUUAGGAAACAUGGAUACCUCAGAAAAGGAUACUGCAAAAAAUAAGAAAAAAACCAACAUUCAAAUGAACACAAAAGGGACUAAUAAUAUGGUAGUGAAGAAUAAUCAUAGAAAGGGUUUUUCUAAACAGUUAAAUAAAGACCAACCUGUAGAUGAUGUUGAAUGUGAUAAUUAUAACACAACAAAAAGUAAUUUUAUUUCAGGUUCAAAAAAUUCAUCACACGUAUUACAUAGUAUUACGACACAUCAUGAAGAAAACAAAUUCUACAGAAGAAAUAACAAUUAUCGCCCAAAUAAUCAGAAGAAAUCUCUACAGUUAUUUCAUAAAAAGGAUUUACACAACAGCAAGGAUUUCUUUUUAAGUUUUUCUUCAGGUAGAAUGUGGGACAGUUCGGAAAGAGGUGAUAUGAACGAAAGAGAAAAUGGAAAAGGAAGCAAUGCUGAAUACGAACAUGAAAACACAAACGAAAACGAAAACGAAAACGAAAACGCAAAAUUCUUGAAAAAAUAUAGCGCUAAUGAGAAAAAUAACCAAAACGAAGAAAAGGUUGAUGAUUAUAACUUUAACAGAAAGGUAUACAAUGAAAAAAGGCUGGUAGAAAAACGAUUUGGUAGCAGUAAUGCAAUCAAUAACAAAGUCAGAAGUAAUAAUGAAUUUUACAAAAAAAAGUAUCCCCGUGGGGAUCAAAAAAAUGACUAUGUGAAAGGUGAAGUAAAUAAUGUAACAUCUUGUAAAUUGUAUAUGCUGGAAACGUGUCAGCAAAAUAAUAAGAGGAAUAACUGGUCCACGAAAUUGAUAAAAAAUCGAUUUGAUGACAAAUAUAGCGACCGGUAUGGCAACCGAUAUGGAGACCGACAUGGAGAUCGAUAUGGAGACCGAUAUGGUGACCGAUUUAAUGAUAGAUAUGACGAAACUUUUAAUGAACCAUUUAGUGAACGACUUAAUGAACAUUUUAGUAAGAGAAUCAAUUCAAAGGACAAAGACAAUACGAAUAACACGUUUUAUUCAUCUAAACAUAGGAUAGACAAUAAUUCUAUGUUACGAAAUAACGCAGGUUUCACAUCUGUGAAUAAUUCAAAUCCAAAUGGGAAUAAUAAAAAUCCAGGCCCCAAAUAUUUAACCUGUUAA